AUGACUGGGAAAGAGAAAAGUAACAACAAUUCCAUUUCAAGCGUUGCAUUGAGAAGAUCGUGCAGAAUCUCGAAAAGAGAAAGAAUAACUAAUGACCUAAUGGUAUUGAAAGAGACGGUUUUGGAAGCUAUACAGAGGAAACAACUUAUUUGGUUUGGACAUGUAAAAAUAAUAAGUAAUAACAGAUUCCUGAAAAUGUCAAUGAAAUACAUUUCACAAAAAAAGAAAAAGAGAGGAAGACCCAGGCAAAUUUGGUACGACAGAGUAAAGUUAGCAUGUAGUGAAAACGGAAUUAAAGAAGAAUGGUGUAUGGAUAGAGUAAGAUGGAAGCGUGAGCGAAUUUUUCAUAAAUCAGAAAGUGCUUUUCUGUCUUUGAUCGAAGUUAAAAGCAACUACACGAGCAAUAAACACGAUGUUUUGCAUCUGUGCACAACUCAACAAGGCCGAUGUCGUCAUGAUGCCAGAAUAUUAAAAUUCGACAAGUGA